AAUUUGACCCAGCUCCAGGAGGCAGUGGAAGACAUGAGGGCCUGGUAUGGUCUAGCCCAUGGGAUCGUGAAGAGUUGAACAUGACUUAGCGACUAAACAACAACAACUGUAUUAGGAAAUCCAGAGUCUCAAAGCAACCAACUCUGCCACAAUUCAGAGGGGUGCUCCGCCCUCGGACCUUCUCGGCUGUGGGGUUUGGUUUGGUUUUUUCCUCCAACGUGGGCGACGCCGUGGCUGACAGCCGUCCUCCGUCCGUCCCCAGCCCCUGAAGGGAAGGAGGAUCCAACACCGUCCCUUGGCGCGCUCUUCUUCUCCUGCCUUGAGGAUGAGAUGGGGAAACCACCCUGGUCACUUCCUUGAGUAACCCUUUUCUCUCAAGGUCUCGAGCUGAAGAGGAAGCGUUUGGCCUCCAACCGUUGGCUUCCCCGCGGACUCCAGUUCUGCUUUGCGCUCUUCUCGGGAGGAGAUCUACGUUCCAAGGUGCGGAGGGAGCCGCCCCGGUUUCUCUAAUCCCUGUCUGUUUCCAUCAGCUGGAGGAGGAGAGCGAACAGAGGUUCCCUGGAGAUGGAGGGAGACUUUUGGGUGCUCCUUGUGAGGAGGCCGGUGGCACUCCUGGUCAUGCUUCAAGCAGGUCUUUGGUUUGCCACCGGCACUUCGGGGAGCCGAGUUAUAGGGGGCUGGGAAGCGAAGCCCCAUUCCCGGCCUUUUAUGGCCUCCAUCCAACUGAACGGGGAACAUUUCUGCGGCGGGUUUUUGGUGCGGAAGAGGUGGGUGAUGACCGCGGCCCACUGCGACAUACCCCGGCGGACGCCCUCCGUUCGCGUGGUGCUGGGCGCCCACUCCCUCAAGAUGCCCGAGGCGUCGCAGCAAAUCUUUGGCGUCGCGGAAUCGCUCGCGCAUCCGCAGUAUGACCCGAAGACCGUGCAAAACGACAUCCGUUUGCUCAAGCUGAAUGGAUCCGCCGUCUUGAACCCGAGCGUCCGUCGGAUCCGGCUCCCUCCGACCAACAGCGACCUGACCCCAGGCGACACAUGCCAAGUGAUCGGCUGGGGAGACGUUUCGAAUUUCGGGACCGCCCCGACCGCACUGAUGGAAGUCAACAUGACCGUGAUCGAGAGGAGUGCCUGCAAUGCCUCCUGGACCGGCCAUGUGUACAGCUGCAUGCUCUGCGCCGCCUACCCAGGUCGCCGUUUGCGGGGGUUCUGCUCGGGAGACUCGGGGGGACCCCUCGUGCGGGGAACACGAGUUCACGGCAUCGUCUCCUUCAACAGCAAGAGGUGCGGGAACCCCAGGUACCCCGACGUAUACACCCGGAUCUCCCGAUAUAUCACCUGGGUCCGCUGUGUUGUGCAGAUGUUUUGACUGGCAGGUCCCAGGGUCUGCUGUAUCCAUGGUCUCCCUUAUCCGCGGCCUGGGAAAUAAAUAAAUAAAUAAAUAAAAC